CCAGGGCACUCUCACAUCUCAGACAGUUUGAUUGAGUAUCUUUUCAUUUCUUGGGUACUCAGCAACAGUCUCUCUCAGACACAUGCACACGCCCACACACCCUCAGUAGUAACUGCCCGGACGGAGGAACUGCAGUUUUGCGGUUGCCACUCUCAGUUUUGCUGGACCAUUUACAUUGAGUGUCUCCUCGGUCUGACUGUGAGGAUUUACCUGUUAGUUACGGCUCUAGAGACUCCAUCCUCAGCCACCGGCGCAGCUGGAGGUGGCGGAACAGAAGGAACGGGAGGGAGAGUCUUGGUGCGGAUAGGAGCAGUGCUGGCAGCGGCGGCAAGAAGUGGGCGGCCUCUGGCCUGAGCGGAAGCGUAGCCAUGCGCUGCUCCACACUGCUGGCCAUUUUGACGGCCGUGCUGCUCUACCUGGUUAUGGGGGCACUGGUGUUUAACACGCUGGAGGCCCCAAUUGAGGAAGACAAAUACAACACUCUGCUCCAGAGUCUGCAGGACUCCAGCAAUGAAUUCUUGUACAGUUACACCUGCGUGAGCCCUGACAAUCUACGGACAUUCCUAGGGAACAUUACAGAAGCCAUUCAGGGAGGGGUUGAUCCCACAAACAACAACAGCACAUUCAGCAGCAGCUGGGACCUGGCCAGCGCUUUCUUCUUCUCCGGCACCAUCAUCACUACCAUCGGUUACGGGAAUAUCUCUCCACAGACAGAAUGGGGCAGGUUGUUCUGUAUCUGCUAUGCCCUGAUGGGAAUCCCCUUGUUUGGGUUCCUGCUUGCUGGGGUAGGCGACCAUCUGGGCACUGGGCUGAGGAAGGCUGUGGCUAAGAUAGAGAUGCUGUUCCUGAAGUGGAAAGUGAGCCCCACUAUUGUACGUGUCAUCUCUGCUGUGCUUUCCAUCCUGCUGGGCUUAGUGCUCUUUGUCUUUGUGCCCAUACUGGUCUUCCAGGAGGUGGAGAAGUGGACCCUGCUGGAAUCUGCAUAUUUUGUGGUCAUCACCCUCACUACUGUGGGUUUUGGGGACUAUGUUGCAGGUGAUAGUGGGGCUGAGGGGACAGACCACUGGUACAAACCCUUGGUGUGGUUCUGGAUCUUACUUGGCUUGGCUUACUUCGCCUCCGUCCUCACCAUGAUUGGGAACUGGCUACGGGUCCUGUCUAAAAAGACACGUGCUGAGAUGGAAGAGCUGAGAGCACAUGCCACUGACUGGACCCAGAAUAUCCAGAACAUGUCCGUGGACUUCCGCAUCCCUGGCAAACUGGACGAAUCAUUUAAGCGUCGCCGAAGGAAGCGUCGUCGUGGCCCCCGCAGCCAUGGAGCCAGCCACAGUACCUCAGGCAUGGCCCCUGGAGAGGGCGGAAAAAGGGAAAACGGACAGCCAGACAGAGAAUCUGGAUCUCGAUCCUCCGUCUCGUACUCUACGUCAUCCAAUGAGUCAGACUCUGAGGAAUCUGAGACAGGGUCAGAAUCGACCCAGACAGAACAGGUGCCGAAAAAAGGGGAGGGGGAAGAUGGUCCGCUCCCUAAAAUCCCUACAGAGGCCACACACUCCCAACCUUUGGAUUACUUUGGGGAAAAUCUAGCCUACAUUGAUGAGUCUUCAGAUGCCGUCAGUACAAAGCUUCACCUGGACCCACUGCUGGACAUGCCUGAACCUAAGUCUGCCGCACAGCACAAGGCCAAGAGGAGACGUCCCAGAAGACCGGCAGCAAAGAAAACGCCCAAAACUAGCCCCACUAAGCUGGAGCACAAGGAGCCCAAUGGAGAUAUUCUGCCCCCUAAUCACACCCCACCUCCUCCACCAAAGCCUUAA